AUGCUAAGAUCAGUUGCUGUUAUAUUAUCGUCAUCAUUAUCACCAUCAUCAACAAAUAAUCAGCAGUCAUUGACCACAUCAGAUAAUGUACUUCAACAAAGUGCAUCCCCAAAUUCGAUACCUAUUAUAGUGCCAUCAGAUACAAUACAAUCGAAUUCAACUUCAGUCACAGCAUCUUCUAUAUCCAAAUCAACAGAAGAUGAAGCUUGCGUUGAAAACAUUAUCCAACAACCAUCAUCAUUAAAAACUAAAAGACAAUGCCUAAGUCAAAAUGGUUUUCCAAAACAAUUUCAAGCAAUAUUGAACAUAAGCGGAAUAGGUUCUUGGGAUUCACCAUUUCCAGGUGUUAAACAAUUAUUGUAUGAUCAAAAAUGUUUAAGAGUUCGUUUCGAUAUUCAAGGAUCGCGAGCAAAACAAAAUGAAACUUGGAUGCUUCAAUAUAAACCCAAAGGCGCUGAAGCAGAUUCACCAGCUUCGCAGAAUUAUACAAUGUUUAAUCUCAAUCCUGACUUUCCAUACUUUACAAAAAACGAUUGUUGGUAUCGAACAAAUUCAAUGAUUGACAUAGGCCCAUUUCCAAUCAGUUGGUUGCAUGGAGUAGAAAAUUCUAUUCAGAUUUACCCGUGGUAUCCGUUAGCACCAAAUCUUAUUAAUAAAGGCGAAGAAUGGAUACCAGAGCUUCAACUAAAUGCAACAAGAUAUGAUUCACCGGAAAUAUGCGAUUUAAUACACUCUCGUAUUGGCAAAGUUCCAUGUUUCAGUUAUUUUGAAACAAAAUAUAGGCCAGUUAAAACGAUUCAAGCACGGCCUGUUCCUCCCGAAUCCUUUGAUAAUGACGAAUACAUAACUAUAGUUUAUCUAUCAUUUACAAAUGGUAUUCCAUCACAAGCUGAACAUUUGUUCAAUCUACCUGGUCAAUGGCCUGGUUAUUGUGGGAAUGCAAACGCAGCUUUUACUGUGAACCCUUUCAAUAAUUUUGUGGUAACUCCAAAUGAUCAAGAUCAUUUUACAUUAAAAUUGCAAACACCACCAGUUCAAUCGCUUGGUGGCCAAGUCAAAGUUGAGUUUAAAGUACAACCAUCAGGAAUUUACAAUGGUACACGAUGUGGUAAAUUCAAUACAAUUGUUUUCGAUAAAAACAAUUGGCAAAUACCACAACAGGUCAACGUGUCUUUUGUUGAUUACGGUUGUUGCAUAUAUAACAUUAUUGCAAACGAUGGUGGAUAUGAUUGGCAAUAUGCUGGGUCAUCAAUUUUUGUUUUCGCAUGUGAUGAACGAGCUGGAGAUGAUUGCAAAGGCAAACGAUGUGUGCUCUAG